AUGAGGCUCGCGUCGCUCCUCCUCGCAGCCCACCUCCUCAGCGCCGUCCAGGCGCUGCACUUCUACUUCCAGUCCGAUGAGAAGCGCUGUUUCCUCGAGGAGCUGCCGUCCGAGACGAUCGUGGAGGGCCACUACAAGGCGCUGGUGUGGGAUGAGCCCGCAAACGCGUGGAAGACCAAGCCGGACCUUGGCAUCCAGGUCAACGUCGAGGACCUCAACUCUGGCCACAUGGUGGUGAACACGCGUGGUCCCUCCGAGGGCCGGUUUACAUUCUCGUCGCACGAGCCGGGAGACCACAACAUCUGCCUCAACUCCAACGUCACGGGCGGAUGGAUGGGUACCGAGCACAUCAAGAUGUACCUCGACAUCAACGUCGGGUCGUCCAAGAAGGACUUUGAGGCCGACACCGAGCACGUCAACACCCUCGCCUCCAAGUUGCGCGACCUGAACAAGAAGGUCGCAGACAUCCAGCGCGAGCAGCGGUACCUGCGUGAAGUCGAGGCCGAGUUCCGUAACGCUUCCGAGGCCACAAACUCGCGCACGGUCUGGUGGUCGCUCGGCCAGCUCGCCGUGCUCAUCGGCAUGGGUGUGUGGCAGAUGCGUCACUUGAAGGUCUUCUUUGAGGACAAGAAGCUCCGCUAA